GGGGAGGGGAAGUCAACUACACCUGGCGAAGUGCCACGGGUCAUAGCAAUAAAAACCUAGCCGCAGCCAGGGACCUAAAGCUCCUGGGAGUAGCAACCAAAAUGACUUUCCUGUGGCUGGCUCUUACUUACUUUGUACUCCUUGAUGUUGCCUGUGGUUGUGGGAUCCCAUCCAUUAAACCCAAUGUGAAAGACACAGACAGAAUUAUCAACGGGGUGAAUGCCAUUCGUGGUUCUUGGCCCUGGCAAGUCUCGCUGCAGACUAGCUCACGUAACCAUUUUUGUGGAGGUUCCCUGAUAAAUCAGAAUUGGGUUGCUACUGCUGCUCACUGCAAAGUGAAAGCGGGAACACAUUUUGCUUACUUUGGACUGUAUAACAGAUACGAUAAUGCUGCGCCAGCCCAACGGCGAUCCAUAGUCAAGGUGAUCACCAAUCCUUCCUGGGACCCUUACAAUAUAAAUAAUGACAUCACCCUCCUGAAGCUUUCUGCUCCAGUACAGCUGAAUGCUUAUGUGUCUCCAGUCUGUCUGGCUUCUUCCAAUGAGGUCUUACCCGCAGGUUUAAAGUGUGCCACAACUGGUUGGGGACGGGACAGACUGUCUUCAAAUGAACCUGCAACCAUAUUGCAGCAAGUCUCUCUUCCCCUGGUGCCGUCAAAUGAGUGCCAGCAAAAACACUCCAACACUAUCACCAGUUCUAUGAUAUGUGCCGGUGGAGCCGGUGCCACGUCCUGCCAUGGGGAUUCUGGUGGCCCUCUGGUGUGCCAGAAAGGCUCAGCUUGGUAUCUGAUUGGGAUCGUCUCCUGGGGAAGCCCCAGCUGUAACGUCCGGACUCCUGCUGUGUACACCCGAGUCUCCAAAUUCCGCAACUGGAUUGAUCAAGUAGUAGCUAGAAACUGACGACCUCCCUGGGAGACACAAGACAAACGCCGUCACUGGGAUUGCCCCGCAACGUAGGAAAUAUAUUAACACACGUUCUUGCAACUGAGAUAUGGAAAAAAAAAACAACAACACAUGGGCUUUCAUUUCAAAGAAAAAAAUCUUCCUCCAGUGAUCCUCUGUCAUAAUAAAAGGAAGACUACAA